AUGCAUCUUUCGCUGGCGCUCACCUUCGCAGCGACCGCCUCGACGGUCGCUUCCGCUCGUUUCGACCGCCCACACCACCGACGCUCAGCUCGUUCGCACCAUUCGCUCUCCAGGCGAGAGGCAUUCCGUUACUUUGCCCCGCCCGAAGGCGUCGCGCAGGCCGCGCCGCAGUCGUUUGCGGUUUCGUUCGACUCAGAAGAGGGACAGGAGGAGGAGGAACGCUUCGAGUUGCCCGAGGGUAUCGUCGCACUCCGCAAGCGCGAUGUCGAGUUGCCCGUCAUCUUCGACCAGAUCGGCAACGUCGUCGGCCAGAUUGGCACGGCGAUGAAGCUCGCCAUGCCCAUCAAGCUCGCUUCGAACGACAAGACCGCCUCGACGUCGAAGAAGGAGGACGCCGCUCAGCUCAAGGAGACUGUCGCGCAGCGCAAGGAGAAGGCUGCUGCCAAGGCAAAGGAGGAAACUGCUGCCAAGGCCAAGGCAGAGGCCGAGAAGAAGGCGCAGGACGCCGCUCACGCGAAGGAGCUUGCUGCUGCGAAGGCCAAGGCUGAUGCCGAAGCCGCCGCGAAGGAGAAGAAGCGUCAAGCCAAGCUUGCCGCGAAGAAGCUCGCCGCGAAGAAGAAGGCCGAAGCCGAAGCUAAGGCGCAGGAAGAAGCUGCAGCGAAGGCCGCCGCCGAGAAGAUGGCGGAGGAGGAAGCUGCCGCGAAGAAGGCUGCCGCUGAGAAGGCUGCCGCGGCAAAGAAGGCUGCCGAGCAGAAGAAGGCGGUCGAACAGAAGCAGGCCGAGGAGGUCGCCGCAAAGGCUGCAGCGGACAAGGCUGCUGCCGAGAAGAAGAAGGCUGACGAAACCGCCGCCGCCAAAGCCGCCGCCGCCAAGGCCGCCGCCGACAAGGCUGCUGCUGAGAAGAAGGCGUCGAGCAAGAAGCAGGCCGACUCGAGCAGCGGUUCGCAGCUCACGGCCGUCGGCGGCAAGAACCCUGUCGGCCUCAUCGGCUUCCACUCGUCGAACUGCGGACCCAGCGGCGCGACGGAAGAGAACCCGAACGGAUCCGAGGAGUUCCUCAACUGCGGCAUCUCCAAGUCGUCGCCCGACUCUGGCUGGACACCUCCGCAAGGCGUCACCCUUGACCAUAUCUCCACCGUCUCGAUCGAGCACGCCCUCGCGACCAACCCGGUCUGGGAACCGUGCAAGCCCUUCAUCCCGCUCUUCGAGAAAAUCGGCAAGGAGACGGGUCUUCCUCCCAUUCUCCUUGCCGCAUUCGCGCUCCAGGAGAGCACCUGCAACCCCCACGUCCUCGGCGACAAUGGCGGCGCGUUCGGCUUGAUGCAGAUCACGCAGGACAAGUGCGGCGGCCGCGACAACUACGGCUGUGCCGAGCCCGAGUACAACGUCAGGACGGCCGCGAACUACUUCAAGCAGGAGCUGGCCAACCAGGGCGGAGAUUUCCUCGUCGCCCUCGGCGCCUACAACGGCUGGUACAAAGGGAUGUCGUUCCACUCGGCGACGGCCAAAGCGAAUACGCCAGCUUGCCAGCAACAAAAUAAUCUUGACUACCUUUAUCAGAUGACGGCGGGGUGGUUAAGGGGUCGUACGGGGUACGAACUGGGAUCGUACAGGAACCUCGCCCUGUGCUCAAACCAGUCCUAA